AAUGGGGUGGUGUGGAGUGGCGCGUAGCACAGCUGUGAGGUGUGAUGGUCGGCUUUCAGCAGCCUUGCGCCCGAUGAUCGCUGCAGGUCCAACUGCAGGUCCGGAGGCGCAGCCAGAGGCGCUCGGUGGUGAUCUCAGCGUCUAGGCCGCUGUUUCCCAUGGCAACUUCUGACGCUUGCCGUCAUGGCCGCAGAGUAGCGCGGCGGCAAGGCUGCGUUGAGCACGUGGAACGGUCGAUCUCACGAGCAAGCCAGUGGCGAGAGUCCGAUGGCCGAGCAGCAGCAAGCCGAGCCACGCCCACGCCGCCGACGGAGAGCAAUGGCGAUCGGCAUCUCCACGAGCUCGGCGCGGGAUGCUGCGGCGAGAAGGGUCGAGCUAUGCGCCGGCGCCGGGAUGCGGCUGAGUGGUCGCCGAGCAGCGUCGGCACAAGACGCAGGAACGUGCCCGAGGAUGGCCGACGAUAGAGGGAGCGGCUCCGGCGAGCCUCGCCGCUGCAGCACGCGUCGCGCUGUGUGUGUGAGGGCAGCCAUUCAGCUGCGGCAAUACCGAAUACGCCUCGCUCUUCUCGCUGGGGCUCGCAGCGCCUCUCCCGCGCCUCUCUCCGCUGCCGAACGUCGAGCAGAGCCGACAGGAAGCACGAUUGCGAUAUUGCAGCACUGCAGCAUGCAGAAUACGGCGGCCGCCAGCGUUGCCGGCGGUUCGGGCAAGCGGCUCUGUUGCGGCAUGCGGCUGGCUGCGAGCGCGGCGAACGUGCGCAUGCGAGGCGCGAUGGGCGGCUGCGGUCGAGCUUUCCACACCCCGAGCCGCCGGUCCGCGGAGCGGCCUGAGCUUAGUGUACCGCACCUGCGGGUGCCGAGGAAGCCAGCAGAGCGAAUGGGCGACUGAGGUCGGCCCCGCUGCGAGCUCUCGCGAUGGAGGUAG